ACACAUGUUCUCAGUUCGCAGUACUAGACCUUGUGUGGUUUUGAUUCCAUUCAAUUAGAUGGAUCUUCAAAGUUGUGAUGUUGUUAGAGUUGAUGUGUACUAAUCUUGUCUUCCGUACUCAGGACCGAAAGACGAGGCACAUGCAGCGUAUGAUAUUCCUCCAUAUUUCCCUGCGUGUUUUCAUCUAGCCAUGCCUUCAAAGUGCGGGGGAAAAAUAUAGAGAUUCCGUACUUCUCUUGUCAGUACGUGUUGUGAUAGAUUGUCUGCAGCAAUGUCUUAUGAAUUAAAUACCGGCCCCGGGGGCAGUUCGGCUUGAAUCGGUUGACAUGAUGGAGUGCGUUACAAGGCCGGUUAACACCCUCGACAUCAACCGUCACAUCAGCCGAAAGGGGCCCGCUCCCAUGACUCGCUAAACACGGACAUCUAAGACGGAACACCGUCUUCCUCCGGUGAUUAUCACGAGUUAGGAAGCCGCGGUAGGAACUCGCCCCCGGUUUGCAUUACGUUAGCACUGUGAUCAGUAGCUAUAACCUGUCUGGUCAGGCCUAUCAUUAUCUCUGCCAGGUCGACCGCGCUGUGAAACGCCGUCUGAAUUUACCUUUCACCUGCUACUUUGAUGUCAGCGCACAUUGUCGAGUUAACCAGUCUCGUAACAGCUCUUCGCCUCCUGCAGCACCGUAGACAUUUCUCUGUUUCUGCAUGGACGGCCGGUCGGUGCUUGCAGCUGCGGCUGUGGCUAUGCUUACAUGCCUAGCCAUUGAAGCCGGUCCUCCUAACAUCGUGAUUGGCUCGACAACUUUCACACUGACAGACAAAGUUCAGAAAUGCAUGGAGUCGUUGGGGCUCGGGAACAGCAACAGCACCAACCCAGGCGGUGAUAUGAGGAAGUGUCUGCGGCAAAUGAGGACCACGACACGCGCUCCCAAUGAGACAUAUUUCGCCAACCAGGAAAGCGAGUUAUUGGUUGCUGAGGAAGGAAGCACAGCCCUACUACGCUGUGACAUCAUCAACCUGGGAAAUAAACACGUGUCCUGGGUGCGGGGUCGUGAUACUAGGUUGAGUUUUAUGAGCACUCUGUACGCAGACGAUCGGCGAAUCAAGCUGGACGUGUUCAACUCGACCUUCAACCUUCGCAUCCAGCGGGUCAAGAAGUCAGAUGCGGGGAAGUACAAGUGCGAGAUCCGCGCUAGGAGAUUUCAGACGGAGCGGAUCGUGGAGUUGGAGGUACCAAGUUUACCAAACAUCAUAUCGUUGGAGCCCACCGCUUCCCCAUUUUACGACCAAUCCGACCCCGAUCGGCGGUAUUUCAACCGCACCACGGACGUCACUUUGUACUGUAACGCCAGCGGCUCCCCCGAACCCACCGUGACGUGGGAACGAGUCGGGAUAAAUGCCCCGAGCGGGGUAGAUCCCCUGACCGGGGUAACGUCGUGGGGGAACACCGCGUUGCUCAAGAAUAUCAGCCAACGGGACGCCGGGGUAUAUAACUGCACCGCCUCAAACGGGGUAGGAAGUAUCGAGCGAUCCGUCGAGGUGGUGGUUCAGUAUAAACCGAUCGUGAGCUCACCAGCUCCGAGCAUCCGGGCCGGUCGCGCCAAGUACGUGACCAUGGAAUGUGAGGUCAGCGCCGUGCCUAAAGCUGAAAUAGUCUGGCAACGGAACCAGGUCACCAUACAGACAGCGGGUCAAGGGUCAUACAGGAACGGAAAACAGUACACCUCAUAUAUCAUCGUAAGUGUGACCCCUGACGAGGAUUACGGUACCUAUAAAUGUCUGGCGGACAACAUGAUGGGGUCAUCGCUAGUGUCCAUAGAGUUGCACGGGCGUCCAUUACCGCCAAGAGUGACUAGUGCACCUCGGUCGAGAAGGCGCCGUGCAUACCCCUUGACGUGGGAACCUGGGAAACCUGUGAACGAAAGGCGCCCUCCAGAGAUUGCUGUCAGCAGCUACGUUAUACAGUUUCGCGGCUGGUGGAUACAAAAAAUCGGUGCGUUGCGAAGAGUUGUGUACACGCACGACAACCCUUUGAGGGAAGUGGUCCCGGCCGUUGAGGGUCAACAAACGUACGAUUACGUCAUCCGGGAUCUCCGGCCCAACACGACCUACGAGAUGACGAUCUAUGGGCGAAACCAGUACGGGAACGGAGACCUGACGGCAUUCGCGUUUUACACGGCAAGCGAAAAUGCUCCAUCUAUGCCACUAUUGACAACAACGACGGUUGCCAAGGUUACAGCUGCACAAAGGGUAACUCCUAAAGCGGUGUUGUCUGGUGCCACGGGUGUCCGGGCGUCAAGCAUCCCAGCCUUUGCCGUCCUCGCAUUCCUUGCUGUACAAUCUUGCACGUGAGGUUAAGGUCUUCGCUUUAUGAAACUACGUAAGGAGGCAUAAGGAGACCGAAGAAGUGGGCACUAUGUGUUCGUCCAUGAAACUGAUGUUGAGUUUGAAUAGUGAGGCAUGCUUGAAAUCUGCUGUGGUUUCAUCA